AUGGAACUUAAAUCAAAUUUUGGCACUCCAAAAGGUUCUAUAGAUUCAGAGAGGUCCAUAAUAGAUAAAAUGCAGAGUGAACUUAAAGGAGUGUUCUUCCGAGUAAUCUAGUUAAUGUUAAAAGACGAAGAGUAAUCUAUUCCCUUAACUUGCAUUGGCAUAUUGUUGCAAUACAUGCAGAUCACUUAUAUUAUAUUUAAUAGAUAGAUUUGGAAAGUCUGGCAAAAUGAGAUAAUUACUAAGCACCUAAAUAAGAUCUUUGGGUAUAUACUAUUCCUAAAUUAGAUAUGUACUAUUGACACCAUAUUUUGAAAUGAUAAGUUUUUCUGGAUUUGCAGCCAUGAUGUAUGUAUGUUUGGGCCUAGUUUUAUUCGCAUUAAUGCUCAUCUUUCUAUUAAGCUACAGUAUCAAUAAAUCGAAGAGUUCAUUCACUUGGCCAAUCAUAUUUCUAAGGUUUUUAAUAAACCUAUUUCUACAAGUUCUUUACAUGCCUAUAAUCGAUUUGCUUCUAUCUAUGUUAUCAUGCUAGACAAAUCAGAAUGGAGUACUUGUACAUUAGCUUUUUGAUGUCGAAUGUUGGUCAAAUAUUCACAUUGUGCAUGCCAUUGUAGCUAUUUUCGGAACGAUACUAUUUUUUGUACUCUGCACCUUGUUCUCCUUAUUAUACUAUGAAUCGAGGUACCUGCCACAUGAAGCUUCAUCUAAAUUGACAGGAAGAGCGAAUGCAAUAUUUUUGACUUACGAAUUGAUAAUGGUUAUUUGUUACACCUUUAUGAAUGGCAAGAGUUAUGAAUAUUUGAUGAUAUUAAUUAUGAUGAUAGGCAGUUUCACUAUCUUUUGGAAAAUUCAUGUUGAAGCCCCAUUUAAUAAUAUGUAUGUUUAAAAAUCCUGGUCAAUGUUGGUUGCUAUGAAUAUGUGGGGUGCAACUUUAUUGUGUUUCUCUAAAUUCUUAGAGGGAGUCCUCUUUUUUGGUACUAUCUAUGCUUGGUUGGUUGGCUUGCCAUUAAUGAUGAUUGGUAUCCUCAAAAGUGAAAAAAUGCACUUAGAUCUCCUAUUGUUGAAUUUAAAUAAAGUUUAAGAUCCGGAUUAAGUGCUUCAUUUAACAAAUCACUUAUUAAAAUUAUUGUACAAAAGUCAAUAAUAAUAAAACUACUCUUUAUUGCUUGAUGGAUUUUUAGAAAUCCACAAAGCCACAUGCACAAGAGAUGAUUGCUAUUUAAAAUAAAAGAAAUAAAUCAAUUAGAGAUAGCAAAAACCACUAUUUAAAGAAGGAACUGUCACUGAAAGAGAUGUAGACAUUUUAAUGGUGAUUGGAUAGAUCUAUUUCCAUCAAAUCAAGAAGUUUCCAAAUGAACUUAAUCUACGUAUCAGAUAUUCAUUUUUCUUACUUGACAACAUGAAGUAAAGAUAAUAAGCAUUAAAUGAAUUAAUAUAAGCGGAAACAUUAUGUCCGAGUUUAGAUAAUGAAUUUACGAUAUUUAGAUAUAAAUAUAUAGUUGAAUAUGAAAUGAAUGCAGUUUAAAAUGAGAAUUUAGGUAAUUUAGACGUAGCAACAGAAUUAGCAUUUUAAAAUUAUAUGAGAUCCUUCUAAAAUAAAAUUGAAAGAGCAACACUAAUGCAUAUGGACUUUUGGUCUCAAUUAUAAGAAGAUUCACCUGAUUUAGGUAAAAUGAAUGAUAUUGGUGCUAAAAUUAAUUUGGCAAUUAUUUAAGUUGAAGAACUUUGGAAUAAAAUGUAGAAAAUGACAUCAAAUCUACCUAAAGCUAUGAGGUUAUAUGCUAAAUUCAUAAUUGAAGUAUUACAAGAUAAAGAUUAUGGAGAAGAAUUAUUGGAAAAAUCUAGACUUUUAUAGAAUUAGAACAAUAAAAUGAAGAAUAAAUAAACUAUAUCUUUAAUCAGUAGUGAUGAUAUUGGAUAUGAGCCAUAGCCUACUUUAUUAGUGUCUACAGCUUAAGAAAAGUUUGCUUAGAUUACAAAUUUGAAUUUGGCAUGCUGCAAUUUAUUUGGUUAUAAUAAAUCAGAAAUGAUUAAUCGUAAGAUCAAUAUAUUUAUGCCAAACUUAUAUUCGAAAUUCCAUGACGCUCACAUUGAUAACUUCUUAAACUCAAAUGAUAAUAAGAGCAUUUCUAAGGAGAGGUUAGUGUAUAUCAAGAUGAAAUCAAAUUAUAUCUUACCUUGUUAUAUUUACUUGAAGGUUAUUUAGUCUAUUGAUGACAAUGUCUAAUUAGCAGCCUAAUUUAGAAUUCCGAAAUCCUUUAAGCCAUCAUGCUAUCUGAUUUUGGAUAGUGAGGAUGUCAUAGAUUCAAUUUCAUCUUCUUGUAUUCCUCUAUUGAAUAUUGAUUCGAAAUAGAUCUCGCAUAAAAAAACACCUAUCACAGAAAUAUUACCAAACUACAUGCAUUAGAAGCAAUUAUUUUUAUCCAAGGUUGGAGGACCAAUUGUUUUUAAUUCUGCUACUCAAUCAGGGGUCAACAAUAGUCAAUAGGCUUCUCAAGAAUUAGAUGAUUAAGACAAGAGAGAAGAUAGUAUCCAGUUUUAAUGUUUUGUCUCUGAAGUGACUAAUGAAAACUAAGAUUAAGUAGUAGGAUACGUAGUUAAAUUAGAGUAGUAAGGCUUGGAUUUGAGCAUGAAUUUGGAAGUCAAUAAUAUAUAAUAGAAGGUACUUGGAAAUAGUAUGUAAUUUAAAUACAAUCCUUCAAAGGCUCUAUAUUUUGGUGAAUAUGUUGCGGAUACCAAUUCACAAAGGGUUGAUUAGACCAUCUUAUGGGAUUAAAAUGAUCAAUCAUCUAUGAUAUCUUCUGUGUAAGGAGGAGGGGCUGAAGUUCUUAAAUCUUAAGUGAAGACAGAAAAAUCAGAUGAAUAGAAUGUUUAAUAGCAAAUUAAAGUCAAUUAUGGAGAAGGAAUCAAGACUUUGAGAUUAUUUGAGAAUAGAGUACAAGACAUUGAUGACAAAGAAGAAAUAAUAUCAGAAGAAGAUGAUCAACAAGGGAAGAGUGUCUUCUAAAGAUAGUCAGAUAUAGACAAUGAUUAAGAUGGUUAGCAACAGGAUUUUAAUAAUGUCUUUAGAUCCAGAAAGAAUUUAUCACUUUUGGUAAAUAGUCAAAUUACACCUCCUGUCGUGACGAAAUUGAAUUGGACAGCUAAUAUUUUAAUCCUUGCUUUGGUUGCUUUGAGUUUUGCAGAUUUCUUCGUUUGCUAAGCACAAUAUGAUGAAAUAUUUAAUACAAUAUUACUGGUAGAGGAUACAAAUUAGAGAAAUGCUGAGUUGGGUUCCAUUUUAACUGCAGUCCAAAAUUUAUAGAUGUUGAAUUUAAAUAUUUGGUAGUAUAAUACAAGCGCAGAUAGUAAAAAAUAUGAAUAAUCAGAAAAGUCUAAAUUGAAUAAAUCUAUAACUGAGGUUUCAAUUUUAAAUAAGAGAUUAAUGUUGUCUGAUAUCUAUAUAAGUGAUGAAUUAAAUGAAUUGCAGAGGGAUGAUGUUGUCAAAAUGAAUUUUGGAAGUGAAUACUAAUAAUUUGAUAUUAUGGAAGCUACUUAAUAAGUAGUAAGUAAGGCAUUAAAUAUAAGGGAUAAAGAUUUAAAUCAAAUUCAUUUUGAAGAUAGUGAUGUUGAAUUUAUUAUUUAUAACCUCCUUAAUGAUCUCGUAUUUUAGUUGAGAAAUUCUAGUAACUUAUAUGCUAGAGGCUUAACCAAAAAAACUACAGAAAAAAAGGAAACAUUCUUAGUGAUCUUAGGCAUUUCAGCAGGAGCGUUGGGUUUGGGAUUAUUGCUAUUGACAAUCAUAACCCUCUCAGUCAACAAAACAUAAGAAGAAAUACUUUUCAUGUUUUUAGACAUUCCAGACAAAACUGUUAAGUAUUUAUAUAACAAGAGUGAAAAUUUUAUCUCGAAUUUAUAAGUUGGAGAAGAAGAGGAAGUAUUAUCAGAGUUAGAAGAGCUGGAAAAAGAAGAAUUAGAAGAACUCAAUAGAACAUUAAAAAGUAAAAGGAAGAAGAAAAAGUUUAAAAAUACUAAUAAGGAUUAGCGCAAUUACAUAUUUGCAUUUUUCUUAAUCAUCUUAAUUUUAGAAGCUUAUUUUAUAUUUAACUAUUGUUCAAUUAGUAUUAAUAAUAUUUUUUAAAUUCUAAAUUUGCAUAAAUAAAUAAAUACAGUUAAAAGGAAUCCAGUUAUAGUGGGUUAUAAAUAAUAAUAUUUACAACUUUUAAUUAAUUUGCUUUUUCUUGAGUAAAUAUUUGGUUAACUAGUCACUAGUAUAUGGGAGGCCAAACCAAAAUCAAAGUUAAGUUGUUAAAAUUUGUUGACGGAAUUAAAGAGGAUAUAUAGAGAUGAAUAUAUGUAUAAAAUUUUUAUUAAACUCUAGCACAUGCUUUCCAAAACGAAUUAAUAUAAUAAUAAAUUAAGCUAAAUAUAAUGGAGAACUACAAAAUACUUUGA